UGUAUGAUCAGAGAUGACCCAGCAGCAGAGGUGGUGCGGGAAGGAGUCUCUCCCAGAGACAGGCAAGCAGUCACUCAUUAGACAGACCCUGAGCUCUGCUCUCCUGUAUAGAGAGUUGGGCCGACGCAUGCGCACACGCCGCCCCUCCAGCCUCCCAUCCUAAAUGAGCCUCAUCUGUUGGCAAGUGUUCAUUCACCCACCCUGCUGAGCUCCUGCGCCCGCUCCUGGGCAUCUCCCGGCAGGAUGGCACCCCGGCGCCACCACCCUGGACAGUGACUACUUUUUUUAGGGGGGUGAGGGGCAGGAUAAGGGGGAUCCUGAUGGAUUUGGGUGCAGCUGGGCUGCAGAUCUCCGGGAGAGGAGCCCACUGCCCAGGGGGGGAAGUUUGCAAGGAUUGGGAGACACACUCCGGGGGCCUGGCACGCUGAGGGCACGGCACCCUGCCUAGGAGAACCACCACCCCACGGAAGGCACGAGUGGCAGCGGCUCUGUGAUGGAAAGCCCACUCAGUUUGGAUUCCUGAGCAGUUACUGGAGACAGAGUCUUCUACACCAGCCUGGUCCUUGCUGUGGACUGGCAGAGGUGGCACCAUGGUCCUGGAGAAAGUCUACUUCAUCCUAGAAGUACUGCUGAUUACUAUCCUCGUGGUGGAAGGGAUUGCAGUGGCUCAGCGGACACAAGAUGGGCAAAACUUAGGUGUGAAACACAUUCCGGUGACCCAGUGUGGUACCUGGGUACGGACCAGUAAUGGAGGACACUUUGCUUCACCAAAUUUUCCAAACACCUACCCGCCCAACAAGGAGUGCGUCUACAUUUUAGAAGCUGCUCCGCGCCAAAGAAUUGAACUGACCUUUGAUGAGCCGUACCAUAUAGAGCCAUCCUUUGAAUGUCGCUUCGAUCAUUUAGAGGUGCGAGAUGGUCCCUUUGGCUUCUCUCAGCUCAUCGAUCGAUACUGCGGCAUCAGGAGUCCAACACCAAUCAGAUCGACUGGAAGAUUCAUGUGGAUUAAGUUUACCUCAGAUGAAGAACUGGAGGGGCUGGGAUUCCGAGCGAAGUAUUCUUUUAUACCAGACCCCGACUUCAGCUAUCUCGGAGGAAUACUGAACCCAAUUCCAGACUGUCAGUUUGAGCUAUCAGGACCGGACGGGAUAAUCCGCUCCAGCCAGGUGGAGCAGGCGGAUAAGCUGAAGACUGGUCAGGCUGUGGACUGUAUAUGGACUAUAAAAGCAACGCCAAAAGCCAAGAUUUACUUGAGAUUCCUGGAAUACCAAAUGGAACACUCGAAUGAAUGCAAGCGGAACUUUGUGGCGGUUUACGACGGAAGCAGCUCCAUAGAGAACCUGAAGGCCAAGUUCUGCAGCACCGUGGCCAAUGACGUCAUGCUGCAAACAGGGACGGGGGUCGUACGGAUGUGGGCGGACGAGGGGAGCCGGCUCAGUCGCUUCCGCAUGCUCUUCACAUCUUUUGUGGAACCUCCUUGUGUGGACAGCACUUUCUUCUGCCACAGUAACAUGUGCAUCAACAACUCGCUGGUCUGCAAUGGGAUUCAGAACUGCGCCUAUCCCUGGGACGAGAACCACUGCAGAGAAAGGAAGGAAGCCGGACUAUUCGAGCAAAUCACCAAAACCCAUGGGACGGUUAUUGGCAUAACAUCCGGCAUCGUCUUGGUCCUCCUCAUCAUCUCCAUUCUGGUCCAAGUAAAGCAGCCUCGUAAGAAAAUCAUGGCCAGGAAGACGACAUUCAACAAAACUGGGUUUCAGGAGGUUUUUGACCCUCCCCACUACGAGCUCUUCUCCCUCAGGGACAAAGAGAUUUCCGCAGACUUGGCCGACUUGUCAGAGGAACUGGAAAACUACCAAAAGACCCGGCGCUCAUCCACCACAUCUCGGUGCAUACACGACCAUCACUGCGGGUCGCAGACGGCAACCCUAAAGCAGAGCAGGACCAACCUCAGCUCCAUGGAGCUACCCUUCCGCAAUGACUUUGCCCAGCCCCAACCAAUGAAGACCUUCAACAGCACCUUCAAGAAAAGUACCUACGCUUUCAAGCAGUCCCACGACUGUCCAGACAAAGGCAUCGAAGAUCGGGUCAUGGAGGAGAUCCCCUGCGAAAUUUACGUCCGCGGCAGAGAAGAGUGCGCUCAGGGUUCAAUGUCUAUCGACUUUUAAUCGCGUCACAGUAAAAAAAUAACAAUUAUUCAAACAAUAAUAAUGGUUACCUUUUACAAAGUGAUAUAUAUAUUUUUGAGAUCUCCAACAAUCAUUUGCAUUUUCUAACUCUCAGAAACUGAGGCCCGAAAUAAACUACCCAGAAUUGUAAAAUAAAGCUCUAUAUUUUUUGAGCAGGAAUCAUGAAAAAAACAAAAACAAAAGUGAGUUUUGCAUGGCAUCCGUAUUCCGUAUUAGUAGGAUUAUACAUGAACUGCGCCCACCGUAACGCGAGACAAAUCACAUGGAUUGAUAUUGUAAUUACCGAUACUUUAUAUGUUUUGCCUUUAAGUUUUUUUACAUGAAAUAGAGGUGCUACAAAAUUGUGGGGAAAUUGGAAAAUUCUAUUUAGCGAUUUCGUUUAAUUUUUAUUUGCCGAUGACAAGAUACAACCAUCAAACUCGUCUGGACUCAAGGAUCGGGUGCUCUAGGUUGCAGUGGAAAUGUUCCACCGAGGAAUCUUCCUCCUCUUUUUUUCCCCCUAAAUUUUAUUUGAAAUAACCCGAUAAGGGGGAAAAAAAUUGGAAAGAGUAAUAGGCAUUCUGAGGUACAAAGAUAAAAUAAAGAUGCCCCAAAAGUAAAUAUAUUUACAAACGUAUAAUUUGUGAUUUGUAAAAAAAUAAAAUACAAAAUUAUAUAAAUAAAUAAAAAAACGUAUUUGAGCGCAA